UUCAGUAUCAGCUAGUGAUACAGCAUUUUGUCACAUUGUUGCAAAUAUACGUUACAUUUACAUAGUUUCUAGUUGUAGUUUUGUAACAUUAGCCGCGAUGGACGCCCUCCUCAGCAGGCUCUUCUCCUCGGAAGAAGAGGAGCUGUACAUCCUGGACUGCCUGGCUUACCUAAUGGUUUUCAUGGCAGCCGGCACUUUUGUUACUUUGCUUUUCGAAAACGUCCCAUACGGACGAUAUGCUACCAGCAAAUACGGGUUUCCAGUUAAUGUCAAGCUUGCUUGGUUCGUCCAGGAGCUGCCUGCCUUCCUGAUCCCUUUGUGUCUGGUAGUUUGGACAUCCUCUGCGAAAACCUCACUACUUCCCAACCAGCUGCUCAUUGCCAUGUAUUUCUGCCACUAUGUUCAGAGAUCCCUUAUUUAUCCAUUUUUAAUCCGAGGAGGUAAAGGAACCCCAUUUGCCUCAUUUUUCCUGGCCAUUGUGUUCUGCAUCUAUAAUGGCUACAUGCAGAUUAGAUACCUGAGCCACUAUGCUGAUUACCCUGCUGAUUGGGUUACACAUCCAUGCUUCAUUGCAGGGUCUGUACUGUGGUUGGUGGGCUGGCUGGUGAAUAUGCACUCUGACCACAUCCUGAGGAACCUGAGGAAGCCCGGAGAGACUGGCUACAAGAUUCCCACAGGAGGAAUGUUUGAAUAUGUGUCUGGAGCCAACUUCUUAGGAGAGAUAACAGAGUGGGCAGGCUUCGCUCUGGCUGGCCGCUCUGUUCACAGUUCAGCUUUUGCCAUUUUCACCACAGUGGUCCUCGCCAGCAGGGCUGUGGCCCACCACAAAUGGUACCUCGCUAAGUUUGAAGAUUAUCCUAAAAGUAGGAAGGCGCUGAUUCCCUUUCUGUUCUAAAGCCACAAUGGGUACUGGAAGCCUGAAAAGGUACCGCUCCAUACAACUGCUGAGAAGAAAAUCACACUCAAGCCUUUUCUUAUGACUUUGCACAGCUCUGUCAAACAACAGCAACACCUCAAAAAUGUAUUUUUAUUGUUACCUCUGCUUAUUACUUUAUUAAUAAUGUCCAUAAAGCACAAAAUCACCUCAACAACCAUGAAGUGGAUGCAGUGGAAGUGCUGUGUUUGCUGGAGAGGCAACACUUAGCGUUCUCCGGAGGAAAUAAGAUAGCGAAUGGAGCAUUCUUCAACAGUAAUACAGUGGAUUUAUAACACUCCGCACCAGCAAUAAACACUUUUAAGACUCUCCGCUGAUCUACAUUUUCUCCCAGAUGGGACAUAAACUUGGAAAUGCAAAGCAGACACUUAAAGUUUUCAUUCAUUUUCAAGAGUCAUCUGUUGCAAGUGUUUCUUUUUAACAUGCAUUUCUAACAGAUGAAAGACGAAGGAUCUCAAAUUCUUCUUCUUCUUCUUCUUCUUUUCCGCGUCUUCUGCUUACUAUCUACAUCAGGGAUUCCCAAAGUGUGGUGCAUGGACCCCUGGGGGUGCGUGAGCUGCUGCUAGGGGGUGCGCGAGAUGAAAAAUGUAAUGGCGGUCUGAUAAUGACACAAUUAAAUUUUUUCCCCCCACACAAAAAAGAGGCGUUAUUAAUUAAUUAAUAAAUACAGGCUAUUCAAUUUUGUGUCAUUUUUUGUUCAUUUUUGCAUCUAUUUUGGUCAUUUUUGCAUCUAAUUUUUGGUUGUUUGGUAAUUUUUACAUGUAUUUUUGGUCAAUUUGUGUCUAUUUUGAUAAUUUUGUGUCAUCUUUGGUCAUUUUUGCAUCUAUUUUUGCUUGUUUUUGAUCUUAUAAUGAAGCGUAGAAGAAGUUGUCUUCUUGUUCUUGUAUCAUUUUUCCAACCUGUGUUAUGAUGACGGGGUUGUGUUCACUCCACGCUCAUUUAAAUUUGCUGCAAUUUUUGUUCAACGCAGCUCAAAAUAUUAUAACAUUUUCCCAACUGAUCUGCUUUCUGCCUCUGAUCCUGAGCCUUUCAUCAUCCUCCACCUUUAAUAUGGCUAUAAAAACUCUUAUUGCAUUUUUUUUAUUUUGAAGGUGUGGGGGAUUUGGGGGUGCGUCAACCCAGUUGGGACAUAGAAGGGGGUGCACGGCUGAAAAAGUUUGGGAACCGCUGAUCUACAUCAUCAUCUCAAACUCCUGGCUGGAAGAGAAGCCGCUUUUUUUGGGACAAAAGGUAACUGCAUCUCUGUCCUGUAAAGACUGAGACUGUAGCAGGCCUGUCCACAGCUACUCAGCUGCAGGGAAAUAUAAUGGAGGCCAAGCGUGACCCUCAAUAACUCACCCAUGCCUGAAAUUAGACGAAGGGAGCGUUGCCUCAACACAUCACUCCUGACAGGGAGAAAGAGAAGAAGAACUGGUGAAGAAAUGAAUGAGUGUGUGAAAGCAGGAGCACAUAAACAACAGUGAAUGGAUGAGCCUGUGUGUGACUGAAUGUACAGAGGGAUCCUGGGAGAAGAGAUAAGGAAAGGAAACAUUGGAAUUGAUUUUAGCAUGUCUUCUUUUCUGUUCACAAUCACUGUUACUGUGAGCCAAAUGAUCUUAUCAGCGGGAGUUUUCUGGAAUCUUGUCUUCUAUCAUAGAUGCUACUAAUGUAAUCUGCCUUAUUCUCAGGUUG